AGAUCUCAUUCGAAGGACCCUGUUUCCAGCUCGAAGAAGAUGAAGUUCUUCUGGGGCUCAGCGGUCUUCUCGCUCGCCAUCUCCUUGGUCUGGUGUGGCAUCAAGGACCUUCACGGGCACUUUGACCAGGUGGGUGAGGAGGCCCAGCCCCUCCAGCCUCGUGGCCUUCUCAGGAACGAAUCCUUUCGGGUGACGAAUCUGUCCCCCGAAUUCCAUCAAGAAAACACCGUGACCAACGACUUGAGCAUGGAAGAAGAAGAGGAGGAGGAGGACUAUCUGGACUUCGACAAGAUCUUAGGUGAAGAUGACUACAUCGAUAUCAUCGACAGCAUUCCGGAAACAAUUUCUCACAUCGACCAAGGAAACGUGCUGACCCUCUUCCGUGGGAAGACCAGAAUCCAACGUCUCAACAUCCUGAAUGCCUAUUUCGGCUUAGACCUCUACCGAACCCUUCGGGACCAUGUCAACUCUUCCGAUAAUAUCCUCCUGGCUCCGGUUGGCAUCUCCACCGCCAUGGCCAUGGUUUCGUUGGGACUGAGAGGACCAACGCGGGAUGAAGUCUUCAACAUUCUCGGUUUCGAAGACUUUGUGAACACCAGUUCCACGUACGACUACCUGACGAUUCACAACCUCUUCCACAAACUCACGCACCGGCUCUUCCGGAGGAAUUUUGGCUACACCCUCCGUUCGGUCAACGACCUCUACAUCCAAAGGCAGUUUUCCAUCCUGAGUGAGUUCAAGGACAAUAUGAAAAAAUACUAUUUUGCCGAGGCUCAGCUGGCCGACUUCUCCGACCCAACCUUCAUCAAGAACGCUAACGAGCGAAUCCUAAAGCUCACCAAAGGCUUAAUUAAAGAUGCGCUCGUUAAUGUGCACCCCGACACGCUGGUGAUGAUCCUCAACUGCUUGUACUUCAAAGG